UACAAAGAGAAUUAGAUGACUUACAGAAAUGGGAAUCAAAUUGGAGCAUGUCUUUCCACCCAAAAAAAUGUCAGUUAUUAAGAGAAACAAAAAAAAAUAAAAAAAAUAAACUCUUAUUCAUGGUAAAUCAGUAACACAGACUAAACACGCAAUAUACCUAGGUGCUAUAAUAAAUGAAAAACUGUCAUGGAAUCUUCAUAUUGAUGAAACUAUUAAAAAAUCAAACAAAGCAUUAGGGUUUAUUAAAAGAAAUUUCUAUAGACUUCUAUCAAACUGUUCAGCAGGAUGAGCAAAGUUUAAAUGAUUUAUCUAUCCUGGCUUGUAUAAUUCACAGGCAAAUUGUGGGUAGUGAGGGGGAAUUAUAAUGCUGGCCAUUCUAGGAUGAAGUGGAUGAUUCAAAGAAGGGUGUGCAUUACUGACCUUUUAAUAGAGGGAUAAAAAAAAAGGUGCGACCUAAAAGUUUGUAGUUUGGGAUUAGGGCUUUUUAUUGGAAGAUGCCUAUAAAAAUAUGUGAUGAAAUUGUGAUGCUGGCUGUUCCACUGAACUAUAACAAUAAAUAAAAAAUCAGAUUACAAAUAUGUCUUUUCACAAAGUAGGCUAUAAUCCUACUAAAAAAAUAACUAAAACUAAAAAGCGUCCUGCUUGGGAUGAUACAGUUAAUGAUCUCACAGUACUCAGAGCAACACCAGAAGAAGUGCUUUUACGAAAGGAAGCGCAUAAAUCUAAAAAUCACUUGAGUGUCAAACUAGAGAAAUUGCAGCAAGAAAGAAAAUCAAAAUCUCAAUUAACUGGUGUGGAAGCUCAACAGCUUGCUAUCAUCAAAGAAGUUCUUUAUGACCAACAGCAGUUACAAAAUGUACUUGCUAAAUCUGACUCGAUGAUGGCAGUUGUUAAAGAUUUGUUUGGUGAUGACCCAAAGAGAUUUAUGGGCUUUCCAAAUGUAACUACAGCACCAUCUAAUCAAGAUUCUAACAGCUCUAGCAGUCUAGUGGCAUCAAUACCAGACAUAUAUACACGUUCAGAAAAGCUCAGUGAUUCUGUUAUGGACCAGUCAGCGUUGAAUGAUUUGUACUCAUGUUCAGAAUCAGAUUCAGAUGAUAGUGAAAUAGCUAGACCAAAACCCAUUUCUUAUGAAUCCAAACUGAAUCUUCAAAGAUUCCAGGAAUAUUUACUGCAGGAAGAAAAUAAAUCUGCACUGAUGGAUCCUGCUGUAGUAGGUCCACAGUUCAACAGAAACCAGUCCAACAGAAACACUACACAGCCAGCCAAUGCUCUACCAGCUAAAGAUGACAGGAUGGGUGUGACACAAAGUCAACUUUAUGAGGCUGUCACUGCUCUCUUGGCUCAGGAACAAAGAGGUCUAAAUGCUAAAGAUCUUCAUAGAGCCGCUGGCAUAACAGCUAAUAAAGAGAGAGAUGUUUUUCAAACUCCACCAAGAAACGGUCAAACGCCCCCUCUCCCUAGUGAAAGAAGCCCUCCUUCAGCCAUGAAUGAUACACAGAAAGUAAAAAAGACCAAACAAUGUACAAGUACUACAGCUUUUGAACCUGGGAACACAACCACUAACAUGAAUGAUAUGAGAAAAGCUUUAAAUGAUUUAGAAAAAGACAUUGCUUCGUAUGAGCAGCUGGCAGGAAGGCGUGAAUCGCAAGAGUUGAAAAAAACUGAGACAUUCUCUGGUUAUACAAUAGCAUUAGUCACAGCAGUUUCACGUUUAACUAAAUAUCUUAAGGAGACUGAGCUGAGAAUUCAGACUGAAGCAACAUUACGAGAACAAUUAUCUCAAGAUGUUAAUCAACUAAAAACAAUUAUUGAUGCAUUGGCUACUGAUAUGAUAGUCACACAAGAGGAAUAUGGGAAGCUCUACUCUGAUUAUCAGCGGUACAAAGAAGCAACACAAAAUGAAUUGUUAUAUUUAAAUAAUCAGGUGAGAAAUCUUCAGAAUAGUUUGGGUAUAAAAGAAUACAGGUCAGUUCAAGGCGAAAGAAAUGCUUUUAACUCUGAAGAAAGAUUAAACUGUCAACUAUCCCAACAGGAAGAGAGACAAGAUACUCUGUAUGCUAACAGCAACAAUAACAACAGCAGAAAGUCAGAUGACUCCAGGACAUCCACACCUUUACGCAAAGAUGCCAUCUUUGAAACAAAUAAUUCUGUUUCUCAACCUAUUCAUAGUGAGUCAUUUCAGAGACCAACAUUGCCAGCAACAGCUAUUCUUUUGUCACCACCAGUUAGAAAGACAAGAAUUCCCUUUGAUCUUGAAGGAAGUCAACUUCCUGGAACUACAGUUUCUUCAAAGAGACAGUCAUCUCUGGUAGAAGUUUAUCAUUCAUCUACUGGUGAUUCUUAUGACCCAUCUCGUGAUCCUCCUCAUCUGACUCAGGUUCCUCCAAUCACAAGUACUAUCAAUGUGCCACGGCCAAUCCCAUUAGUUCAAUCUAAUGUGAGUGUUCCUUUGGUAAUUGCCAGGAAUCACAUUCCACCAGUAGCUGGACAGGUCAAAGGAGACUCUCAGAAUGACACCAUUUCUAAAACUUUACCCAUAAGUGACUUGGCUGACUUGGUGAGAUUAGAAGAUGAAACUGAACAGCAGAUGCAACAAUUGCAAGAGCUUGUAAUGGAAGAGGCUUUGAAUAACCCUGACUUACAGAAUCUUAUGCAAGCACAAAUAGCUGAACUCAAUAGACAACAAGAAGAGGCUAAAAGACGUCUGAUAGAUCUACUGCAUCAUCAGAAACUACAACAGAAGCAUAUACAAGAAAAAUUUGAUCCACAUUUACAUGAGCAGAAAAUUUCCAGUUCAGUUUCCCCUCCUAUCUCUCCAAUACCUCAGCAACCUGAAGAGCCAGAAAGACUUAAAAUGCACUCUGACAAGCCAAUACAGCAAACAAGACAAGUCAAAGUUUCUCUGCCUCAACCACAAUUUGAUGAGUCUGCUUAGUAGACUUGUGUGAUCAAAUUAUUUAUGGAUGUGACUAAAAAAAAGGAAUUUUUUAAUGUUAUUUUGAAACAUCAGGCUUUGAGGUUCUUCUGGACAAUUGGUCUAUUUCUUUUCAAAAACUACAGAAGAUAUUGUUGUUAGGCCAAUCUAGCCUCAAUUUAAUCAAGUGAAACUAUAUUUUAUAUAUCCAAUGUUGGUUAUUAAUGUUCAAAACAGAGAGACUAGUGUUAAUAAUAUAAGUGAAACUAACAUUGAUCCGUGGGACCAUUUCAUUCUUGUAAGAAUCAUAUUUUUAUUACCAAGGGCAUAUUGAACAAUUUCAAAUAUUCUUAAGAUGUGUAUAGAUGUGUUCUGAUCCAAACUAAUGAGUUUGAGAGCCAAAAUGGAAUUUACCUUACCUAGUGUAACAGUUUUGUAAGCCUUUCUUAAUAUGAUAUACCUAACAUAUUUAGAAUCUAGUGAGAUUAGUUAAAACAAAGUAGAUAAUGUUUUUGAGCAUGAUUAAAUGAAUUAUGUUUAAAAUGUCAAGGAAAAAAUUUCUUUUGUCCUCUUUCUCUCCUGACUUUGAAAAACAUGAAGUGACAAGAAUGCAUAAAAUUCAUAUUUAAUUUCCAUUUCUUAUUGUUUCUCACAAUUAAAGCAUUUCAUAUUCAAUCAUGCAGAGAUACAGGAUCACCUUUUUUUUUAUUACUAUUAUGAGUUACAUUACAUGUUGUAAUAUAAAUCAGAUAUAAAAACAAAAUACUAAAAUAAUGUUUUUUGUGUGUGUGUUAUUCUUUGCCUUAUUGUUAAAUUCUAGGUGAGAUCUUAAAGAGAAACUUUGAUGGUUUUGACAAUUUUUUAUAUGUUUUGUUUUACAUAAAAUGAAUAUAGUAUUCUUUUUAUUUUAUUUUCAAUGAUAUCUUAGUAAUUGACGUUUUUUUUAAUGUAAUUUUUCCAAAACGGUCACAUUUUCACUGGGUUUCUAUGUGACAUCACACAGACCUAUUAAUUCAAUCUAUUGACUUAUCUCAUAAAAGAAAUAGAUCUAAAUCUAUGCCAUUAUAUCUAGACCUUGUAAACAAAGAAAAAAUAGGUGUUAAGAUUAGAUAUUACAUGCUUGACUAACCAUGGCGGUGUGUAUUUUCUCACCUGACCACUGUUAUGACAUGAUUAGGAUUUAGUUAUUUGUUUCGGGAAUAAGGGGAAAGUUUUACUUAGCGACAAGUGACGUGACAGAUCUUUAAAAAACAAGAACGCUCUAAGUGACGCUACAAAGAAGACGCUUCGUGUAGAGCAGUAGAAUAGAUAUGGAUUUACGGACAUAGCUGACAUCGGACGAUUCCCUUCGUGAUGAUUAAAUAUAUUUGUAGAACAACAUCAGCGUCUACUACAUAUUUGAUUAUUUCGGCCUUUGGCCGGUGUUACUGAAGUAUUUUGAGUUCAGCAUUACUUCCAGUCAGACGUAGAUCUACACUAGUUAUAUUUCAAAGAAUCAACACCGCGCGGAAGCCUUAACACCACUCAACACUCAAUAAGCACUUGGUUGACUUGUCACAACCCGGAUGACUGACUACACAUAGCCUAGACUUGCCUUGCACUGACCAGCUUGUUAGAAUCAUUCAGACAUACGAUCUAUUUACUUUUUGCGAUAGGAACGGGUGUAGAUGAAAAUGUUACUUUUUUUUCUUAAGUAGGUUAUCCUAAUGCUUUUAGAUAUAUAUAUAUAUUACUGUACCAUAGCUAUGGACUAGGCCAUCACUAAGCCUAACAGUCACUGUAAGAAUGAAGCGAUAUGAUUGGUUAGAUCUAGAUUCGCUUUCAGUAUUGUUGAGGGAAGUGACAUAUAUGUAACUAAAAACAAAAUCUCAAAGAACCCCCUAUUUUAAGAUGUCAAUAAUUUACUAAUUUUUUAAAUAUAAAUGUUUCUAAACAUUUAAAUUAAAAAAUAGUAAAAUGUUUUCUAUUACAACUUUUUACGCAGAAUUUCAAUAUAUGUCAAUAACUAAUCUGAAAAACCAUUUGAGUUUCCUUUAAAGAUGAGCUUCUCCUUUAUAUAACCAUUAUUCUAUAUAUGUUCUUUAUUUUAAGUUGUGCUGUAACAUUUUUGUAUUUAUUGCUUUUAUUAUAUAGAAUCCAGUCAUUGCCUUUUUUUAAUAAUUAAAUUUAUUUGUUCAUUAAAGUUUUUAAACUAUAUUUUCAAAAAAAAUGUAAGAUUCUUUUUCAUUAUUCUAUGAAUGUACUAAACUUGAAUAAAAACAAUGUUUCCAUUUUCUUUUUUGUUUCAAAUACCUUUCUACAUUUGUUACAGAUCAUUGUUAAAUUAAUAAGGUAAGGUUGUUAUUGCCGGACGUGGUAAUGGAUAUAAGCACUCCACUACCUAUAAAAUGCUUCCAAUGGCUUGGGAUUCAAAUAGCCUCUGCUCUUGGCCUUUGGCUUAAAUACUGAACUGUUAACAUUGACAGGAUAAGGGGCAAAGACAGUAUCUGGUGCCUUAUUAACUAGAAAGCUUCAGGCAGGAGGGACAUUAACCUUCUUUGGCUACCCACAUAGGAGAAAAAAAUUCUGAAUCCAAACCUUUGCUACCUUGCAGCUAAUCCUAAGCACGAGAAUGGCUUUGGGAGUCAACCCUCUCAAAAGAAUCAAUAGCUAGUGAGCCUUAUACAGCUGGUAGCACUCUGUGUUACACUGGCAGACCUUGCAAUGCUGCUGACCCGAUACCGUGUUUUGAUAUUGUCGUUUCUUAGGACCCAUCAGGAAGUGCGUGGGCAACAUUCCAUCUCAAAGAGUGUGGCCCUUAAGUUGACAUGAUUCUCAUCUAAAAAGUCUGUUAAUGGUAUGUAUAGCCAAUAACUGUUCAAUUUAGAUUCACUAUAUUUAAGUAUCACAUGGUGCAUCAGUAGAACUUAUCCACAGGGCCACCUAAUAAUUUGAU